GCCUGAGCUCCGCCGCCGCCCCUCUCCCUCCCCCUCACAGCACAGCACAGCCCACAGCUCGGCCCCAGACAUCGCACAGAGUCUAUGGUAGUUUAAUUGAGUGGUACAUUGAGACAUGAAGGUGCUUAAAUAACACCCAGGAAGGGAGAUUUCUCAUAAAGACACCAAGCUCAUUGGAACUUAGUGCACGCUGUUGCACACUUUUACAAUGAAGGUAGCAGUAGAAGGUUGUUGCCAUGGUGAACUGGACAAAAUCUAUGAAAGUAUUCAAUUUUUGGAGAAAAAGGACAAUGUUAAGGUGGACCUCUUGUUGUGCUGUGGAGAUUUUCAAGCAGUCAGGAAUGAAGCAGACCUGAAAUGUAUGGCUGUACCCCCUAAAUACAGGCAAAUGCAAACUUUCUACAAGUAUUAUUCUGGAGAGAAGAAAGCCCCUGUUCUCACCAUCUUCAUAGGAGGCAAUCAUGAAGCCUCUAAUCAUUUACAGGAACUACAGUAUGGAGGAUGGGUUGCACCAAACAUAUACUAUCUCGGUUAUGCUGGUGUAGUGAAGUACCGCGGUGCACGCAUAGGGGGCCUUUCUGGUAUUUUUAAACCGCACGACUACAAAAAAGGUCAUUUUGAGUAUCCACCAUAUAAUCCGCAGACAGUCCGGAGCGCGUAUCAUGUCAGAAAUAUAGAAGUGUUCAAACUAAAGCAGCUAAAACAGCACAUGGAUAUUUUCCUGUCACAUGACUGGCCACGGGGUAUCUAUCACUAUGGUAACAAAAACCAGCUCCUUAAAAAGAAGAACUUUUUGCGCUCGGAAGUGGAGGCCAACACCUUAGGGAGUCCUGCAGCUACAGAGCUUCUACACCAUCUCAAACCUUCUUAUUGGUUUGCAGCGCAUCUCCAUGUGAAGUUUGCAGCCCUAAUGCAGCAUCCGAAAACUGCUGGUGAGCAGCUACCUAAAGCAACAAAAUUUCUAGCUCUGGACAAGUGUCUCCCUCACAGAGACUUUCUGCAGAUAGUGGAAAUCGAGCACGAUCCAAAUGCUUCUGACCAUCUUGAGUACGAUCCUGAAUGGCUGGCCAUUCUAAAAGCAACAAAUCAUUUGAUUAAUGUCACACCUAAAACAUGGAACAUGCCAGAAAAUAAUGGCCUGCACACAAAGUGGGAUUACAAUGUGUCUGAAGAAGACAUUAAAGAAGCAUUGGAAGAGUUUAGUCAUGACAUCCAAAUUCCCAUCAACUUCAGCCCCACAGUACCCAUGUAUGAUCCAGCAAACCCACAGCGAUCAAGAGAACCAGUCCACAUGAUCAACCCUCAGACAACAGAGUUCUGUGCCACUUUAGGACUUACUGAUCUGAAUGCCAAAGUGAAACAGAUGGAAGAUGAAGGUCUUCUGGAGGGAGAAGAAGAGGAUGAUAUUGACAGUGCUGAUAAUCCAGAGGAACCCAGUGAUUAUACCACAGAUACUUCUGGACUUUCUUCUUCCAUAAAUCCAGAUGAAAUAACGCUGGAUGAUGAAGAUGACGACAAUGGGGAGCUCAGCACUCAUUCAAUAGAGCCGUCACCAGAUCAUCCCUUCACAGACUCAUCAGCAAAUUUCUCUGAUGUGCGAGAUCUCCCUGAUUCCAUGAUGGUGUCAUCUGACGAGACACAAGAUUCAGCGACUGAGGAACUGGACCGAUCUGGGGACAGCAGCCUGACAGAAGGUGAAGGAAAGGGCACAUGCACCAAAUCUCUCAAACGAAUAAGUAAUGAGCAUGAAAACGGAAGCAGCAAAAUUAAAGUCAUUAAGAGACGUAACCAGAGUAUAUACCAUAAACAGAGCGAUGAAAAUGAAGACAAGGAAUGUUCUUAGAGACUGAAAAUGUACUGAGCUUUGAGAGUAGCAGGUUUCUCUAAACCUUGAAUCUUUAAGAUUAUAUUCUGGGUGACUUGGUUGAUUAGGGGUUUUUUUUUCUCUAAAAGUAUCUGUUUCAAUGAGCUUUAUCAGUCAAAAUGUCUAACUGAAGGAACUUAGGGCAACGCUUCAUGUAUUUUUAAGGUAUAAAUAAAUUUUGUGUAGGCUA